AAAGGAUAACACACUUGAAAGAACCAUACAUCAAUGGCACCAACAUGUUGCUUCAAUUCUUUACCAACUUCCAUUUCUCAUUUCAUUUCAAACCAAACUUAUCUCUCAAUGCUAGAAAAAAACUGCACUUCAAUGAAAGAUCUUAAACAAAUCCAUGCCCAACUCAUUAAAACUGGUUUAGCCAAGCAUACUAUUGCUGCUAGCAGAAUUUUGGCCUUUUGCUCAUCUAAACAAGGUGAUAUAAACUAUGCUUACUUAGUUUUUACACAAAUUGAAAACCCUAAUCAUUUUGUUUGGAAUUCUAUUAUUAGGGGCUUUUCUCAAAGCUAUUGUCCUCAAAAGUCUAUAUCUUUGUUCAUUGACAUGUUGUUUAGUUCUACAAGUCAACCUCAGAGGCUAACUUAUCCUUCAGUUUUUAAAGCUUAUGCUCAGCUUGGUCUUGCUUGUGAAGGGGGUCAACUUCAUGGUAGAGUGAUAAAAUUAGGGUUUGAAAAUGAUCCAUUUAUAAGGAAUACAAUUUUGUAUAUGUAUGCAAAUUGUGGGUUCAUUAGUGAAGCAAUAAAAGUGUUUGAUAGAGUUUUAGAUUUUGAUGUUGUUGCUUGGAAUACAAUGAUCAUGGGACUUGCUAAGUGUAGAUUAGUUGAUGAGUCUAGAAUUUUAUUUGAUAAAUUGUUAACUAGAAAUUCAGUUUCUUGGAAUUCAAUGAUUAGUGGGUAUGUGAGAAAUGGUAGAUUCUUUGAUGCAUUAGAGCUUUUUAAACAAAUGCAACAAGAGAAAAUUAAGCCUAGUGAGUUUACAAUGGUGAGCUUGUUAAAUGCUUGUGCUAGUUUAGGAGCAAUUAAGCAAGGUGAAUGGAUUCAUGAUUAUAUAAUAAAGAACAAGUUUGAAUUGAAUGCUAUUGUUGCCACAGCAAUUAUAGAUAUGUAUUCGAAGUGUGGAAGCAUCGAUAAGGCUCGUCAAGUGUUUGAUAAUGUCCCCAUUGAAGCACUUUCAUGUUGGAACUCAAUAAUAAUAGGACUAGCAAUGAAUGGUCAGGAAAAUGAAGCAUUGCAUUUAUUUUCAUUUCUUGAAUCUUCAAACUUAAAACCAGAUUACGUUAGUUUUAUCGGCGUGUUAACGGCUUGUAAUCACUCCGGCAUGGUGGAUAAAGCGAAAGAUUAUUUCUUAUUGAUGAAAGAUAAGUAUAAGAUCGAACCAACGAUUAAACACUACGGUUGCAUGGUUGAUGUGCUAGGCAGAGCAGGAAUAGUAGAAGAGGCAGAAGAGUUAAUAAGAAAUAUGCAUAUAGAGCCUGAUGCUAUUAUAUGGGGAUCUUUGCUUUGGUCUUGUUGUAAGUAUGGAAAUAUAGAGAUCGCGAAACGAGCAGCGAAACGUUUGAUUGAGUUAGAUCCGAGUGAAAGCUCGAGUUUUGUACUUAUGGCUAAUGCUUUAUCUUCUUCUAGUUAUUUUGAGGAAGCAAUAAAGCAUAGGCUUUAUUUGAAGGAAAAACAAAUAGAGAAACGUCCUGGAACUAGUUUGAUUGAAGUGAAUGGUGAAGUUCAUGAAUUUGUUGCCGGUGGAAAGCUGCACCCAAGAACCAAAGAAAUCUACUAUGUUUUAGAUCACAGUGUAUAUGGAAGCUAGGUUGCAUGUAGGUGUAUGUAAAAAUUGAACUAAAUCAAAUAACUGAACUGAACCGACAAAUUUAGUUUGAAAUUAUAAAAAGAUCAAAUUUUGAUUCAUUUAAUUGGGUUCAGCCUGGGUAUAGAUUGAACCGAAAAACAUUAAAUCAAACUGAAUAAUCCAACUGAAUCAAGCUGAAAAACCUACCAAAUCAACUAGUUUGUUUCAGAAUGUUCACUUGUAUUACAAAAUCAGUUUGGUUA